CUCACCAAGGUUCAUUUUCUCUUUCUUCUCCAUUUUUCUCUCUCUCUCCCCUCCCCGAAGAUCGAUCACUCCCGUAGCUGCUUCGUACCGCCGCAGAGCUCAUCGGAACUCUCGCCGAGACAAUAACGGCAUGUCCGUUGCCGCUCCACUUCCAGCUUCCUCCCACCGAGGCGACAGAGACGAUGAGCCGUUCCUAGAUUCCAGAAUCGGUGCUGAAAAAGGGGAUUUGUUAACAACAAACAUGGAACAAGAGACGAACACUUCUAGUUAUCGGCGGAAAAUUAGAUAUAUUGGCAGCGGACUGAAAAUUUUUGGUGUUGAACUGUCACCGGAUAAUGUUGCUGUUGCCAUGGUGUAUUUUGUUCAAGGCGUUUUAGGUCUUUCGAGACUCGCCGUCAGCUUUUACUUGAAAGAUGAUUUGCAUCUUGAUCCGGCAGAGACGGCUGUUAUAUCUGGCUUUUCUGCAUUGCCAUGGCUUAUUAAGCCUGUUUAUGGAUUUAUUAGUGAUUCCAUCCCGCUAUUUGGUUACCGGAGAAGGUCAUACUUGGUUCUAUCAGGGCUUCUUGGUGCACUCUCAUGGAGCUUGAUGGCUACGGUUGUCGACAGCAAGUAUAGUACUGCAUUCUGCAUACUUCUUGGAUCUCUUUCUGUUGCCUUCUCUGACGUGGUUGUAGAUUCUAUGGUCGUUGAGAGGGCUCGUGGUGAGUCACAGAGUAUGUCAGGAUCUCUUCAGUCUUUAUGCUGGGGAUCUUCAGCUUUUGGUGGAAUUGUGAGCUCCUACUUCAGCGGCUCCCUGGUUGAUGCUUAUGGUGUAAGAUUUGUUUUUGGUCUCACGGCAUUGCUACCGCUGAUAACAUCUGCAGUUGCUGUUCUUGUAAAAGAACAGCGUGUUCUUGGACCAGCAAGGGUACAGAAUAUCCCUUUUGCCAGCCCUAGCUUUCUUGAAAGCUCAAGAGAGCAUGUCAUAGAGCUGUGCAAAGCUGUGAGGCAGCCGAAAGUAUUUCUGCCCACAUUUUUUAUUUUCCUGUGGCAGGCAACACCACAAUCAGACUCUGCUAUGUUUUUCUUCACCACAAAUAGACUUGGUUUCACCCCAGAAUUUCUAGGACGUGUCAAGCUUGUUACCUCUUUUGCAUCAUUACUAGGAGUUGGACUGUAUAAUGGAUUUCUAAAAAAUGUUCCAUUGCGGAAGAUUUUUCUUGUAACAACUGUUAUUGGUACAGCUCUUGGAAUGACUCAGGUCUUUCUUGUUACUGGAUUGAACCGGGAAUUUGGCAUAAGUGAUGAAUGGUUUGCAAUUGGGGAUUCAUUGAUUCUAACGGUUCUGAGUCAGGUGUCUUUCAUGCCUGUUCUUGUACUAGCAGCAAAGUUAUGUCCAGAGGGAAUGGAAGCAACUCUUUUUGCCACUCUAAUGUCUGUGUCAAAUGGAGGCAGUGUUGUUGGGGGCCUGAUUGGUGCUGGUUUGACACAGCUCUUUGGUGUAACCAAGGAUAGUUUUGAUAACUUAGCAUUCUUGAUAAUCCUCUGCAAUCUCAGUUCGUUGCUGCCAUUGCCACUACUUGGCUUACUUCCACAAGAUAAUUCUGAUAGUGUUUCAAAUGGGAACGAAGAUAUUGAGAUGAAGAUUAAUUGAAAUCUGGUUUUUCUUGUCCAGGAUUAUUUGUAUCACUUCCUGUUGUACCAAACAUUUAGCCUAUCUAUUUUUAACUACUGAUCGCAAUUUACAGCACACAGAAGGCAAGAGUUGUGUAAAUAUAACGGUGAUUGAUAUAAAGAUCAUGCAUUUUAUUGAAAAACCUUCUGCAUUGUAUCCCUUCAGUAAUUUCUGUUGCUAUAGAAACCCUUUAUUGAACUUAUCAUCUUGGGAUUUCUUGACAGAAAACAGAAAGAUGUUUGGUAUCAAUGUUCAAUGCUAGAUCAGUCAGAAUCUUGAAACCUCAGGUAAGCUAUCUGGAUCGGUUAAUUCUACAAUAUAACGGUUUUGUAUGAUAUGUGCAUUGAAUGUGGAUUCAACCGUUUAUGAGAAAGGUUGUACAAUCCGCUCUAACAGCAAUGAGCUUGAAUUGUAAAUUUGUAAUCUUUAGAUUGUUUUUAUUGAAAUCUCAGGGUUACCAAGACUAACUGCUAUCUGUCAAUCUUUGAAUCAUCUCUUAUUGGGUUUGGAUAAACAAUUUAAACAUAA